AUGAAGUUAUGGAAGUGGGCCGCCACCUUCGCCCUGAUGCUCUGUGGCGCAGCUCUCUCCGGUCUCUUCAGUAAGACUAUGCUUCCCCCAGGACCUCCAAAACAGAGAGGCCCCUGGCCAUCUUCCCCCAGACCAUCUUCGUCACCAUCAUCAUCAACAUCCUCGUCUUCACACAGCAGGCCGCCUCUGUCCGCUUCCCUUUCCCGUACCGGUGGGCGCCGCCGGGAAGCGAGAUCAGCAGAUGGCUUCACCUCUCUCCUCUCAGAGUUUAAUCAGCUGUUCCAGAGCUUCACAGAGGGUGAACUGAAGCAGGUGAUUGAGACUCUGGUGGACAGGAAGGCGAGGAGAGACAAGGCCAAAAGGACGAAACGGGCUCGUAAGGGCCUGAAGCCGUGCUCUCUGCGCGAGGUGGAGGUGAGCGUGACGGAGCUAGGGCUGGGCUACGAGAGCGAUGAGACCAUACUGUUCAGGUACUGCAGCGGGAAGUGCGUCCAGAGCCGGCGCAGCUACGACAUCACGCUGAAGCACAUGAAGGAGGCGGGGCUUCUGAGGGAGAAGCGCGACAGGGCGCGGCAUGUGCCCUGCUGCCGGCCCACCCUGUACGAGGAGGACCUCUCCUUCCUGGACAACAAUGACAAAUACUACACCAUUCACGAGGUGUCUGCCCAGGAGUGUGGCUGCAUAUAG